AUAUAAGAGCAUAAAUCGUCUGAGGUAAGGAUUUGUUGUUUACGUGAUACGAUCGGAGUUGCAAUUAAAAGAGAUAUCAAACGGGAAAAUGAACAUGGAAUGGAAGAUCGUCGUUCCUUUGCUCGCGGUGGCCUUUACCGUGGCGAGCGCCGGUUUGAUCGGAGGCCCCAUGGACGCAAAUAUGAACGAAGAAGGAAUGAGAAACGCCCUGCAGUUCGCCGUGGUCGAACACAACAAGAAAACAAACGACAUGUUUGUCAGGCAGGUGGCCAAGGUUGUCAAAGCGCAGAGACAGGUCAGUUCCUCUUCCCUUUAUUAGUUCAACGACAAUAUCAUUUUGGUAGUUUAUUGUGUAGUCUACCCAGUGAACAAAAUGACGUUGAAAAUACGUAUAUUCCAGACGUCGAAAUUAGGUUCAUUGUUGGUUCUGAAUGUAUAUUGAAAAUAUGUAUUUUCCGGAUGUUGACAAAAGGUAUUUUCAGGAUGUUGAAAACACCUAUUUUCCGGAAGUUGGAUAUACCUAAUUUAUGGAAGUUGAAAAUACUUUCUUUUGUCAUUGUUUCUAUGGAAAAAUUUCAACUGUACAUUCACUUAUAUCUACAGUCGUGGUCAAAAGUUUUGAGAAUUACACAAGUAUUGGUCUUCACAAAGUUCGCUGCUUCAGUGUUAUGAGAUAUUUUUGUCAGAUGUUACUAUAGUAUACUGAAGUAUUAUUACAAGCAUUCCAUAAGUGUCAAAGGCUUUUAUUGACAAUUACAUUACGUUUAUGCAAAGAGUCAAUAUUUGCAGUGUUGACCCUUCUUUUUCAAGACCUCUGCAAUCCGCCCUGGCAUGCUGUCAAUUAACUUCUGGGCCACAUCCUGACUGAUGGCAGCCCAUUCUUGCAUAAUCAAUGCUUGGAGUUUGUCCGAAUUUGUGGGUUUUUGUUUGUCCACCCACCUCUUGAGGAUCGACCACAAGUUCUCAAUGGGAUUAAGGUCUGGGGAGUUUCCUGGCCAUGGACCCAAAAUGUCGAUGUUUUGUUCCCCGAGCCACUUAGUUAUCACUUUUGCCUUAUGGCAAGGUGCUCCAUCAUGCUGGAAAAGGCAUUGGUCGUCACCAAACGUUCUUGGAUUGUUGGGAGAAGUUGCUCUCGUAGGAUGUGUUUGUACCAUUCUUUAUUCAUGGCUGUGUUCUUAGGCAAAAUUGUGAGUGAGCCCACUCCCUUGGCUGAGAAGCAACCCCACACAUGAAUGGUCUCAGGAUGCUUUACUGUUGGCAUGACACAGGACUGAUGGUAGCGCUCACCUUGUCUUCUCCGGACAAGGUGUUUUCCGGAUGCCCCAAACAAUCGGAAAGGGGAUUCAUCAGAGAAAAUGACUUUACCCCGGUCCUCAGCAGUCCAAUCUCUGUACUUUUUGCAGAAUAUCAGUCUGCCCUGAUGUUUUUCCUGGAGAGAAGUGGCUUCUUUGCUGCCCUUCUUGACACCAGGCCAUCCUCCAAAAGUCUUCGCCUCACUGAGUGUGCAGAUGCACUCACACCUGCCUGCUGCCAUUCCUGAGCAAGCUCUGCACUGGUGGUGCCUCGAUCCCGCAGCUGAAUCAACUUUAGGAGACGGUCCUGGCGCUUGCUGGACUUUCUUGGGCGCCCUGACGCCUUCUUCACAACAAUUGAACCUCUCUCCUUGAAGUUCUCGAUGAUCCGAUAAAUGGUUGAUUUUGGUGCAAUCUUAUUAGCAGCAAUAUCCUUGCCUGUGAAGCCCUUUUUAUGCAAAGCAAUGAUGACGGCACGUGUUUCCUUGCAGGUAACCAUGGUUAACAGAGGAAGAACAAUGAUUUCAAGCACCACUGUCCUUUUUAAAGCUUCCAGUCUGUUAUUCUAACUCAAUCAGCAUGACAGAGUGAUCUCCAGCCUUGUCCUCGUCAACACUCUCACCCUUGUUAAUGAGAGAAUCACUGACAUGAUGGCAGCUGGUCCUUUUGUGGCAGGGCUGAAAUGCAGUGGAAAUGUUUUUUGGCGAUUAAGUUCAUUUUCAUGGCAAAGAGGGACUUUGCAAUUAAUUGCAAUUCAUCUGAUCACUCUUCAUGACAUUAUGGAGUAUAUGCAAAUUGCCAUCAUCAAAACUGAGGCAGCAGACUUUGUGAAAAUUAGUAUUUGUGUCAUUCUCAAAACCUUUGACCAUGACUGUACAUGUCAAUGAAGAAAGCAUUAUCACAUUCAACAUUUUAAUUCAAAAUAAAAUAAAUUAGCAAACUGAAGAUUGCAGUAUGGCAUAUUUAUUAUAAUAAUACAUUCCUCCCAUCUGUCACAUGCACUUAUGUUAUCUUUUUCAAAAAGCUUUAAAGCUGGCAGCGAUGAUGUUCAAAAUAACCCAACCAAAAUAAUAAACCAACUACAAUGACAUUCUUAGGAACGGUUACAAAAAUACUUGUUUCUUGCAAUUACUGAUAUACUGUUUAUCUAGCUUAGUUGAAUGCACUGACUGUAAGUCGCUCUGGAUAAACUGAAUGACCAAAAUGUAAAAAACUAACAAAGCAUGCUGGGUAUUAUUCUAAAGAGCUUUGCCCUAAACAUGUACAAAUUUGGUCAGUCCUGACCAGACCAAAUCUGAAAGAAUCAUAGACAUCGAGGCGAUGUUUCACAAGUUUGAACAGCACAGUACAGUACGGCACAGUACAGAGGUUUAUUUAGUAAAGUACAGUACAAUAUAGUUUAAUUCCGUAGAGUAAAGUAGGGUACAAUAUGGUACAUUAUACUGUGUUGUACUGUACUGUACUGAACUAUACUUCAUUUUCUCUGCUGUGCUGUACUGUACCGUACUGUGUUGCGCUCUACUGUGCUGUGUUGCGCUCUACUGUACCGUGCUGUAUUGCGCUCUACUGUACUAUAGCUUACUGUGCUACACUGUGCUGUACUGUGCUGUGCUCUACCGUUCUGUGUUGCGCUCUACUAUACUGUACCGUACCGCGCUCUACUGUACUGUGCUGUGCUGUCCAAACUUGUGAAACAUAGAUGUCUAUGAUAUGUUCAGAUAUGGACCAAAUCAAGGCCGUUCCGGGCUGGACCAAAUCUGAACCAAACAUAGACGCCCAAAAUACAUCGGGUCCGUGCUUACUGGGUAGUUUGCUCAUGUUUCAUUCCUCAAGUGAAAUGGGCCUAAUCAUUUAACUGUAAAUCGCUCUGGAUAAGAGCGUCUGCUAAAUGACUGAUGUAGAAAAUGUAAAUGGUAGAAAAUGUAAAUGUAUCUUAUUGUCAGGAAUUAUACAAUGGGUGGGUCUAAUCCUGAAUACUGAUUGGUUAAAACCGCAUUCCAGCCGGUAUCUAUUCCACAAGUUACCACCGGCUAAAUCUAUGACGUUAAAAUGCCUUUUUACUCUGUUAUGUCUAACUGUGCAAUCCACUGGCUCAUUAGCCCAGCCAUGCAAUUUAUAAACUUGAUCUCCACUAUAAAAAGCAUCUAGACAUUAUCUGUGGUCCUCUGUAGCUCAGCUGGUAGAGCACGGCGCUUGUAACGCCAAGGUAGUGGGUUCGAUCCCCGGGACCACCCAUACACAAAAAAUGUGUGCACGCAUGACUGUAAGGCGCUUUGGAUAAAAGCGUCUGCUAAAUGGCUUAUUAUUAUUAUUAUUAUUAUUAUUAUUAUUAUUAUCUCACAUUUCUUUUAGACUGACAUUUAGUUUUCAACAGUGGAGAUUUGUAUAAACUUUGUUGUGUCUCUCCAACAUUUGCAACAUUGUUUCAAUAUUCAGAUUCGAUUUCCAGCUGUCCCAUAGUAAUGAAUGUGUCGGGAGUUGGGAUGAGACGGACAGACAGGCAGCGUUUCUCAGCCAGUCGAAAUCAUGAAUCAGCUGGCAUAAUUUGUAUGGAAAUAUACAAAGAAAUCGGAGGGGAAAAAAAGGUAAAACGAAACGAUUGUGUUAGCUGUGUUGUUGGCUAGCUCCUCUGAACAACAGUGUCCUGACAAGUGAGCACGUUUUCUAUGCCUGGCGAAAUCGCGCCUCAUUAGCUCAUUGUUAUGGAUGUAUCCAAAUAAAUGUCACUAGAAUACAGCUUAAGCGAAUGCAAAUGCAGCUACUUUGCUGUUAUUCUGGCUGCACUUUUUGACGUGACUGUAAGUUAGCUGUAGUUGGCAAACUAGCAAGCAAGGGAUAAGAACAUUGCCAGCCAGUAUGGCAAAGGAACAUUUAGAACGAACGACUGGGUCACGUCUCUAGCAACCGAACCGAUAGAACGAACGACCAGCCAGCUUGGGUAGCAACCUUAGAUUUGUGUCGGGACUAUAGCUUGUGGAAGGAUGAAGUAGUAUGAAUAAAUAUAUCAAAAUAAAGUUUUUAAUAAAAAUGUCAGUCAUUAUUUGAAUAUGUUGGUAACCCUAUUCAUUUCUAAACCAGGCAAGCAUCUGCGCUGAUUUGAGAACACAACAUAGUAGCAAGCAGAAGGGGAGGAUCGUGGAUGGGAUUGUCACACCCUGGCUCUGGGACUCUAUAUGUUGAGCCAGGGUGUGUUCAUUCUAUGUGUUUUUCUAUGUUGGUAAUUCUGGUGUGUUUAUUUCUAUGUUGGCUAGAGUGACUCCCAAUCAGAGGCAACGAGUGUCAGCUGUCGUUGGUUGUCUCUGAUUGGGAGCCAUAUUUAUACUGUCUAUUUUCCCUUUGUGUUUGUGGGUUCUUGUUCCGUGUUUGGUCAUUGAUACCGUGGACGUCACGAGUCGUUUCUUGUUUUGUAUUUCAUGUUUAAAACUUUAACUAAUUAAAGUAUGUUUGUUCAUCACGCUGCGCCUUGGUCUGUUCCUUACCUUGAUCGUGACAGGGAUUCUGGUUUUACCUGUUCAAUUAUUUAUCAUCAGUGCAUGAUAGGGAAAAGAGACUCUAGGAUUAGGCCUAAAUGCUGUUUACCAGCUCUGUUAGUUGACCUCAUAGCCUGAGUGCCAGUGUUUGUGCUAUAAUGUGCUUUGUUUUGCAUGACAGUUCUGUAAGGAGUUGGCAAAAGAGCAGAUAUAGACUGCCACCAUGGCCUAAUCUAAAAGGACAUGGACAAUCAGUAAAACUUGGAAAAUUACUUUGAAAGCAGAUAUGAUUACUGUAUAUGUGAAUGAUAUGAUCCCAUGACAUGAUGGCCAUGAUUAAAAGGAUUCUGUGUAACCCACCCUCUUGUAUUCCACCCUGUUGUAACCCACCCGCUUGUAUCCCAGCCUCUUGUAUCCCAGCCUCUUGUAUCCCAGCCUCUUGUAUCCCAGCCUCUUGUAUCCCAGCCUCUUGUAUCCCAGCCUCUUGUAACCCAGCCUCUUGUAUCCCAGCCUCUUGUAUCCCAGCCUCUUGUAUCCCAGCCUCUUGUAACCCAGCCUCUUGUAACCCAGCCUCUUGUAUCCCAGCCUCUUGUAUCCCAGCCUCUUGUAUCCCAGCCUCUUGUAUCCCAGCCUCUUGUAUCCCAGUCUCUUGUAACCCAGCCUCUUGUCUACAGGUGGUAUCUGGGAUGAAGUACAUCUUCACAGUGCAGAUGGCCAGGACCCCGUGCAGGAAGGGAGGUGUUGAGAAGGUCUGCUCCGUGCACAAGGACCCGGAGAUGGCUGCGGUAAGGACCACUAGGGCCUAGACUAGCCUGGUCCCGGAUCGGUUUGUGCUCAGGCGACUGGCACUGCAACUCAAUAUUAGGAAUAAUGUUUUGUACACUCAGUGUAUAUAGACUAAUGUGUGUGCAGCCUUUGGCCGUGUUCGAGAGCAUCAAAACUGUGAAUUGUGACUGACUGAUAAUGAAUAGUUAUUUAUGAUGCAAGUUGAUUUGUAGUUCAGGCAGUCGGCUGCAAUGUCGAACAAGCCCUUUGUCAAGCGUUCUGCUUGCUGAAAGGUUAUGUUAUUAUGCCAACUCAUGUUGCUUCAUGUUGCUUUCUGUCUCCUCAGCCCUACCAGUGCACCUUCGAGGUGUGGAGCCGCCCCUGGCUGAGCGAAAUCCAGAUGGUCAAGAACCAGUGCAAGCAGUAAAGACACAAUGAAGAGAAGAAGACUUCAAUCAAUGUCUAGUCUACCAAAUAACCAGUAUUAUCUAGUGUUAUUUGUUAGUCUUACCAAUGCAGUUCAACCUCCUUCUCAAGGAUAUAUUCAGAGAAUCCAACUAAUAACUGAUUUUAAAACGUAUUGCAUUCCCACACUAAUAUAAGCACUUAAUACAAACACUGCUAUCUUGAAAAUGUAGUAUUAAAAUGAUGCAACAGUUACCUAAAUAAAGAAAUGCUUUGGAACAUUUACA